GUGUUUAUAGGCCUGGGUGGCGGACGCAGAGCUGGGCCUGUGUCUCGGUGGCGGCCCACAGUGGGUCACACCACUCCACAGGGUAUCCCUGACACGCCUCCAGUGCCCUGAUUUUGGUUGGGGGGCAUUAGGACAGAAGCUUAGGGGCCUGGCGGACUGCUAGUCCCUGUCGGGGCCUCCCCAGCCGGAGUGGGAGCCCAAGUCUCGCGGGAAGGGGUGCGGCCACCGUGUGUGGCCGCCCCUUGCCCGCUUGGUCUGGAGGGAGGAUGGCCUUGUCGCUGGCCAAGAGCUGGCCCCUAGAAGCCUGUGGGCCAGGCCUUGGGUACAGGACAUGCUGACCUGGUCUGGCACGCUGCCCGUCGUCCCUUGCUGCAUGGGAGAAUUUCUGCAAGUUGUGUGGAGCCCACUCAGGCUGUCGCCUGGCCAUGCACUGGCACCUGUGACAAGGUCGCCUGCCAUCAGAUGACCGAGACCAGCCCUUAGUCCUAGCUUCGGUCAGCAGUGUCUUGUGCUUCAAAGCCUACCCGGACCCUACCACCAUGUCAGGAUCGACACAGCCUGUGGCACAGACGUGGCGGGCUGCAGAGCCCCGCUACCCGCCCCAUGGCAUCUCCUACCCGGUGCAGAUAGCCCGGCCCCACACGGAUGUAGGGCUGCUGGAGUUCCAACACCACCCUCGUGACUACGCCUCACACCUGUCACCCGGCUCCAUCAUCCAGCCACAGAGGAGGCGACCCUCACUGCUGUCUGAGUUCCAGCCUGGGAGUGAAAGGUCUCAGGAGCUCCACCUGCGCCCCGAGUCUCGCACCUUCCUGCCUGAACUGGGCAAGCCUGACAUAGAAUUCACAGAGAGCAAGCGCCCGCGCCUGGAGCUACUCCCUGACACCCUGCUGCGCCCGUCGCCCCUGCUGGCCACUGGGCAGCCCAGUGGGACCGAAGACCUUACCAAGGACCGUAGCCUGGCGGGCAAGCUGGAGCCUGUGUCACCCCCCAGUCCCCCGCACACUGACCCCGAGCUGGAUCUGACACCUUCUCGGCUGUCCAAGGAGGAGCUGAUCCAGAACAUGGACCGCGUGGACCGCGAGAUCACCAUGGUGGAGCAGCAGAUCUCCAAGCUGAAGAAGAAACAGCAACAGUUGGAGGAGGAGGCCGCCAAGCCGCCCGAGCCCGAGAAGCCUGUGUCGCCACCACCCAUAGAAUCAAAGCACCGCAGCCUGGUCCAGAUCAUCUAUGACGAGAACCGGAAGAAAGCAGAAGCUGCCCAUCGGAUCCUGGAAGGUCUGGGGCCCCAGGUGGAGCUGCCUCUGUACAACCAGCCGUCCGACACACGCCAGUACCAUGAAAACAUCAAAAUAAACCAGGCGAUGCGGAAGAAGCUCAUCCUGUACUUCAAGCGGAGGAACCACGCACGCAAGCAGUGGGAGCAGCGCUUCUGCCAGCGCUAUGACCAACUCAUGGAGGCGUGGGAGAAGAAGGUAGAGCGCAUUGAGAACAACCCGCGCAGGCGAGCCAAGGAGAGCAAGGUGCGGGAGUACUACGAGAAGCAGUUCCCGGAGAUCCGCAAGCAGCGGGAGCUGCAGGAGCGCAUGCAGAACAGGGUGGGCCAACGAGGCAGCGGACUCUCCAUGUCAGCUGCCCGCAGUGAACACGAGGUUUCCGAGAUCAUUGAUGGCUUAUCUGAGCAGGAGAACCUGGAGAAGCAGAUGCGUCAGCUGGCGGUGAUCCCGCCCAUGCUGUAUGAUGCGGACCAGCAGAGGAUCAAGUUCAUCAACAUGAACGGGCUCAUGGACGACCCCAUGAAGGUGUACAAGGACCGACAGGUCACCAACAUGUGGAGUGAGCAGGAAAGGGACACCUUCCGUGAGAAGUUCAUGCAGCACCCCAAGAACUUUGGCCUGAUCGCCUCAUUCCUGGAGAGAAAGACAGUGGCUGAGUGUGUCCUCUAUUACUACCUGACCAAGAAGAAUGAAAACUACAAGAGUUUGGUGAGGCGGAGCUACCGGCGCCGAGGCAAGGGUCAGCAGCAGCAGCAGCAGCAGCAGCAACAGCAACAGCAGCAGAUGGCACGGAGCAGCCAGGAGGAGAAAGAGGAGAAGGAGAAGGAGAAGGAGGCCGACAAGGAGGAGGAGAAGCAGGAUGUGGAUAACGAGAAAGAGGAGCUCAGCAAGGAGAAAACAGACGACACUUCUGGGGAGGACAACGAUGAGAAAGAGGCUGUGACCUCUAAAGGCCGCAAAACUGCCAACAGCCAGGGCCGCCGCAAAGGCCGCAUCACCCGCUCCAUGGCCAACGAAGCCAACCAUGAAGAGGCUACCACCCCGCAGCAGAAUUCAGAGCUGGCUUCCAUGGAGAUGAACGAGAGUUCUCGCUGGACUGAGGAAGAGAUGGAGACAGCAAAGAAAGGCCUUCUGGAACAUGGGAGGAAUUGGUCAGCCAUCGCCCGAAUGGUGGGCUCCAAGACUGUGUCCCAGUGUAAGAACUUCUACUUCAACUACAAGAAGAGGCAGAACCUGGAUGAGAUCCUUCAGCAGCACAAGCUAAAGAUGGAGAAGGAGAGGAAUGCGCGGAGGAAAAAGAAGAAGACCCCAGCUGCCGCAAGUGAAGAGACGGCCUUCCCACCUGCCGCUGAGGACGAGGAGAUGGAGGCAUCGGGGGCAAGCGCCAAUGAGGAGGAGCUGGCGGAGGAGGCAGAAGCCUUACAGGCCUCAGGGAGUGAGGUUCCCAGAGUGGGGGAGUGCAGUGGCCCAGCUGCUGUCAACAACAGCUCUGAUACCGAGAGUGUCCCAUCCCCACGCACGGAGGCCACCAAGGACACUGGGCAAAAUGGGCCUAAGCCCACCGGCGCUGAGACAUUGCCUUCUGCCACCCAGCCACCCAUCCCUCUGCCAGAAGAACCUGCAACAAUCCCCGCUGAGCCCUGCCCGGCCCCUGAUGCCAGUGGCCCGUCAUCCCCUGUGACUCCCCCGUCACCUGCCGCACCCCCAGCUGCCGUUCCCAAGGAUGACCAAGAAGACCAGGUCGAUGCAGUUCCUCAGACGGAUGAUGCCAAGGAGCAAAAGCCUGAGUCUGAGGAGCUGAUGAUCGAUGUGGGAAAGGCAGAGGAGCCCGAGGCCCCUGAGGAGCCGCCUGGGAGUGUGAAGGAUGAUCGCAAGGAGGAGGCUGAGGAGGAGCCCGAAGACAAGGCCAAGGGCACAGAGGCCAUCGAGGCUGUGUCUGAGGCACCGCUCAAGGUGGCAGAGGCUGGGAGCAAGGCUGCCGCAGCCAAGAGCACGAGCUCAGGCACCCCCCAGGACAGUGACUCCAGUGCCACCUGCAGCGCCGACGAGGUGGACGAGCCCGAGGGAGGUGACAAGGGCAGGCUGCUGUCACCAAGGCCCAGCCUCCUUACCCCAGCCAGCGAUCCCCGGGCCAGUACCUCGCCCCAGAAGCCGCUGGACCUGAAGCAGCUGAAGCAACGAGCGGCCGCCAUCCCCCCCAUUCAGGUCACCAAGGUCCAUGAACCCCCCCGGGAGGACACAGUGCCCCCAAAGCCAGCUCCCCCUGUGCCUCCACCCACGCAGCACCUACAGCCAGAGGGUGACGUGUCUCAGCAAUCAGGAGGAAGUCCACGUGGCAAGAGCCGGAGCCCGGUACCUCCUACCGAGAAAGAGGCAGAGAAACCCUCAUUCUUCCCGGCCUUUCCUACUGAAGGCCCGAAGCUACCUACUGAGCCCCCACGCUGGACAUCGGGCCUGCCCUUCCCCAUCCCUCCAAGGGAAGUGAUUAAGACUUCUCCGCACGCCCCAGACCCCUCUGCCUUCUCCUACACACCACCUGGUCACCCGCUGCCUCUGGGCCUCCACGAUAGUGCGCGGCCUGUCCUACCACGUCCUCCCAUCUCUAACCCCCCACCCCUCAUCUCCUCUGCCAAGCAUCCCGGAGUACUUGAGAGGCAGCUAGGUGCCAUCUCCCAGGGAAUGUCAGUGCAGCUUCGAGUGCCCCACUCAGAGCAUGCCAAAGCCCCCAUGGGCCCUCUCUCCAUGGGGCUGCCUCUUGCUGUGGACCCCAAGAAGCUAGCCCCAUUCAGUGGAGUGAAGCAGGAACAGUUGUCCCCACGGGGUCAGGCUGGGCCGCCUGAAAGUCUGGGAGUGCCCACUGCUCAGGAGACCUCUGUGCUGAGAGGGACGGCACUGGGCUCCACCGCCAGUGGGAGCAUCACCAAGGGCCUCCCCAGCGCCCGGGCUGCAGACGGCCCCAGCUACCGCGGCUCUAUCACCCACGGCACACCAGCCGAUGUCCUUUACAAGGGUACCAUCAGCAGGAUCGUUGGUGAGGACAGCCCAAGUCGCCUUGACCGGGCACGAGAGGACACCCUGCCCAAGGGCCAUGUCAUUUAUGAGGGCAAGAAGGGCCACGUCUUGUCCUAUGAAGGAGGCAUGUCUGUGUCACAGUGCUCCAAGGAGGACGGCAGAAGCAGCUCGGGCCCACCCCACGAGACUGCCGCCCCUAAGCGCACCUAUGACAUGAUGGAGGGCCGCGUGGGCAGGACCAUCACCUCAGCCAGCAUCGAGGGACUCAUGGGCCGUGCCAUCCCCGAGCAGCACAGCCCCCACCUCAAGGAGCAGCAUCACAUCCGGGGCUCCAUCACACAAGGAAUCCCGCGGUCCUAUGUAGAGGCCCAGGAGGACUACUUACGUCGGGAGGCCAAGCUCUUGAAGCGAGAGGGCACACCACCGCCCCCACCGCCACCACGGGACCUGACUGAGACCUACAAGACCCGGCCCUUGGACCCUCUUGGUCCCCUGAAAUUGAAGCCAGCUCACGAGGGUGUGGUAGCGACUGUGAAGGAGGCAGGUCGCUCUAUCCAUGAGAUCCCGAGAGAGGAGCUGCGCCGUACACCUGAGCUACCGCUGGCCCCACGACCUCUCAAGGAAGGUUCCAUCACCCAGGGCACACCACUCAAGUACGACUCCGGGGCACCCUCCACCGGCACCAAGAAACACGAUGUACGCUCCAUCAUUGGCAGUCCUGGCCGGCCCUUCCCUACCCUGCACCCGCUGGACAUGAUGGCUGACGCUCGGGCGCUGGAGCGUGCCUGCUAUGAAGAGAGUCUAAAGAGCCGGUCAGGGAUCACCAGUGGUGCGGGAGGCUCCAUCACACGUGGGGCCCCGGCCGUCGUGCCUGAGCUGGGCAAGCCACGGCAGAGCCCACUGACCUACGAAGACCACGGGGCCCCCUUCACCAGCCACCUACCACGUGGCUCGCCUGUGACUACAAGGGAGCCCACGCCACGCCUCCAGGAGGGCAGCCUUCUGUCCAGCAAGGCGUCGCAGGACCGGAAGCUGACAUCGACACCCCGGGAGAUUGCCAAGUCCCCACACAGCACUGUGCCCGAGCACCACCCGCACCCCAUCUCGCCCUAUGAACACUUACUCCGGGGUGUAAGUGGUGUGGACUUGUACCGGGGCCACAUCCCGCUGGCGUUUGACCCCACCUCCAUACCCCGAGGGCUCCCUCUGGAAGCAGCCUACUACCUGCCCCGGCACCUGGCCCCCAGCCCCACCUACCCACACCUGUACCCGCCUUACCUCAUCCGCGGCUACCCUGACACCGCGGCCCUGGAGAAUCGCCAGACCAUCAUCAAUGACUACAUCACCUCGCAGCAAAUGCACCACAACGCUGCCUCUGCCAUGGCCCAGCGCGCUGAUAUGCUGAGGGGUCUGUCACCACGAGAGUCCUCGUUGGCCCUCAAUUAUGCCGCUGGCCCACGAGGCAUUAUCGACCUGUCCCAAGUGCCACACCUACCUGUGUUGGUGCCACCAACGCCAGGCACCCCUGCCACCGCCAUCGACCGCCUUGCCUACCUCCCCACGGCGCCCCCACCCUUCAGCAGCCGCCACAGCAGCUCACCACUGUCCCCAGGAGGCCCCACUCACCUGGCUAAACCAACUGCCACGUCCUCAUCGGAGCGGGAGCGGGAGCGGGAACGGGAGCGGGAGCGGGAGCGAGAACGCGACAAGUCCAUCCUCACGUCCACCUCGACAGUGGAGCAUGCACCCAUCUGGAGACCCGGUACGGAGCAGAGCAGCGGGGCUGGGGGCAGCAGCCGCCCCGCCUCCCACACCCACCAGCACUCGCCCAUCUCCCCCCGGACCCAGGACGCCUUGCAGCAGAGGCCCAGUGUGCUGCACAACACGAGCAUGAAGGGCGUGGUCACCUCCGUGGAACCCGGCACGCCCACGGUCCUGAGGUGGGCCAGGUCCACCUCCACCUCAUCUCCUGUCCGCCCGGCUGCCACAUUCCCACCUGCCACCCACUGCCCACUUGGUGGCACCCUUGAAGGGGUCUACCCUACCCUCAUGGAGCCUGUCCUGUUACCCAAGGAAACUUCUCGGGUCACCCGACCCGAGCGGCCCCGUGUGGAUACUGGCCAUGCCUUCCUCGCCAAGCCCCCAGCCCGGGAACCUGCCUCCUCACCCAGCAAGAGCUCUGAGCCCCGAUCCCUAGCUCCCCCCAGCUCCAGCCACACAGCAAUCGCCCGCACCCCAGCAAAGAGCCUUGCACCCCACCACGCCAGUCCGGACCCGCCGGCGCCUGCCUCAGCCUCAGAUCUGCACCGAGAAAAGACUCAAAGUAAACCCUUUUCCAUCCAGGAAUUGGAACUCCGUUCUCUGGGUAAGACCACCCUGACAGCGGCCACGUUCAUAGACGCAAUAAUCACGCGUCAAAUUGCUCACGAAAGGGGGCCGCGAGAAGGAGGUUCGCUGGCCAACGACUCCCCUGGCGACGGUUACCACGGUGGAGCUGCCUAUAGCCCUGAUGGCGUGGAACCCAUCAGCCCCGUGAGCUCACCCAGCCUGACCCAUGACAAGGGGCUCUCCAAACCGCUGGAAGAGCUAGAGAAGAGCCACUUGGAAGGGGAGCUCCGACACAAGCCGCCAGGCCCCAUGAAGCUCAGUGCGGAGGCCACCCACCUCCCACAUCUGCGGCCAUUGCCCGAGAGCCAACCCUCAUCUAGCCCGCUCCUCCAGACCGCCCCAGGCAUCAAAGGUCACCAGAGGGUGGUCACCCUGGCUCAGCACAUCAGUGAGGUCAUCACACAGGACUACACACGCCACCACCCGCAGCAGCUCAGCGGCCCCCUUCCCGCCCCUCUCUACUCUUUCCCUGGAGCCAGCUGCCCUGUCCUGGAUCUCCGCCGCCCACCUAGCGACCUCUACCUCCCACCCCCCGACCACGUCACCCCAGCCAGGGGAUCCCCACACAGCGAAGGGGGCAAGAGAUCCCCAGAACCCAGCAAAACAUCAGUCCUGGGCAGCAGUGAGGAUGGCAUUGAACCCGUGUCCCCACCGGAGGGCAUGACUGAGCCAGGACACCCUCGGAGCGCUGCGUACCCGCUGCUGUAUCGGGACGGGGAACAAGGGGAGCCCAGAAUGGGCUCCAAGUCUCCAGGCAACACCAGCCAGCCGCCAGCUUUCUUCAGUAAGCUGACUGAGAGCAACUCUGCCAUGGUGAAGUCUAAGAAACAGGAGAUCAACAAGAAACUCAACACCCACAACCGGAACGAGCCAGAAUACAAUAUUGGCCAGCCUGGGACGGAGAUCUUCAACAUGCCCGCCAUCACUGGAGCAGGCCUUAUGACCUGUAGAAGCCAGGCGGUGCAAGAACACGCCAGCACCAACAUGGGGCUAGAGGCCAUUAUUAGAAAGGCACUCAUGGGUAAAUAUGAUCAGUGGGAAGAGCCCCCGCCGCUCGGCGCCAAUGCUUUUAACCCUCUGAAUGCCAGUGCCAGUCUGCCCGCUGCUGCUAUGCCCAUAACCACUGCUGACGGACGGAGUGACCACGCACUCACCUCGCCAGGUGGCGGUGGGAAAGCCAAGGUUUCUGGCAGACCCAGCAGCCGAAAAGCCAAGUCCCCAGCCCCGGGCCUGGGGUCCGGAGACCGGCCACCUUCGGUCUCCUCGGUACACUCAGAAGGGGACUGCAAUCGCCGAACACCACUCACCAACCGCGUGUGGGAGGACCGACCCUCAUCUGCAGGGUCCACACCAUUCCCCUACAACCCUCUGAUUAUGCGGCUGCAGGCAGGUGUCAUGGCCUCCCCACCCCCACCCGGCCUCGCAGCAGGCAGUGGGCCCCUGGCCGGUCCCCACCACGCCUGGGACGAGGAGCCCAAGCCACUGCUGUGUUCACAGUAUGAGACACUCUCAGACAGCGAGUGACUCCAGGUUGGAGGGGAGCAGUGCCAGGUCCCUGCACGAGGCAGAAGCAGCCCAGCAUGGAGCAGGCAGCUGCCGACUCUCCCCACUGAGGAAGGAGCCCCUGAGUCUGCCUGCGCGUCCAUCCGUCCGUCCACCCAUCUGUCCAUCCAGAGCUGGCAUCCUGCCUGUCUAAAGCCUUAACUAAGACUCCCGCCCUGGGCUGGCCCUGCGCAGUGACCUUACUCAGGGGAUGUUUACCUGGUGCUCGAGAGGGGAGUGGACAGGGGGGGAGGACAGCAGGCCCGGAAGGGGUACAACGAUCGUGUGUCAGUUGCACAUUUGCAUCUGGGGCAGCAGGGACCCACCGCAGGAUGACCAGGCACCUCCACGCCACUGCCUCGCCCCUUAACGCAUUUGGAACCAAAGUCUACGCUGAGCUCGUGGCCCUGCCCCUCCCUCUGCCCCCAGCCCGCUCGCGCUCUGGACAGACGUUCCCAGCUUAUCCUGCCCCAAUGCUGUUGUCAUCGCAGUCCCCAAAGGCCACCCAGCCCACAAGACUGGGAACCCAUCAAGCCAGGUGGGUGCACAAGGGUCCAGGCGUGGCCCGGGGCACGGAUGUUUGUCAGAACUGGACCGUUCCUGGCCAUCGCUACGGCGAUGGGAGGGAAGGCAGGUGUAAAUGGUGUUGGCUUACAGGGUAUAUUUUUGAUACCUUCAAUGAGUUAAUUCAGACGUUUCACACAAGGAAGGACUCCCCGUGUUACUGCUGCUGUGCUUUGGUCUCUGCUUACGUUCCAGAGGCGUGUGCCGGCCAAGGUGGUGACCCUGCCAUACGCAGGACUCGGGGGCAGGGGCGCCGGCACACAGCCCUGCACCCUUCCCCCCCCCCUUCCUUGGGCAGAAUGGACUUGAUGCAUAUUCUGUGGCCGCCAUCUGUGCACGGUGGCAUUCUGUCAUUUACACAUGUUGUUCCAAUUAAAAAAGCAAAUUAUACUCAA